ACGAGACAAAAUUCAAGGCACUCGAUUUUUUUUUUGACAGGGAUACCGCAAAUAGCUUUGUUCGAUGCGUGCGCUUGUUGUGUUCGCUCGUGCCCAUUCACUGGUUGGAUGUAACAAAGCAUUGCAGCGCCGGUGGCAACAUACAAAACCAUUUUAUAUAACAACACCCAUUUUCUACCCGAAUGCAGCUCCUCACAUUGGACAUUUAUAUUCGGCGGUUAUUGCUGAUAGUAUAAAGCGCUACCAUCAAUUAAAGGGUGAGACAGCCCUGCUGUUGACCGGGACAGACGAACAUGGAUUGAAGAUACAACAAGCUGCUGCAGCAAAUGAUAUGGAGCCUAUGGCAUUUUGUGACCAGAUAUCUCAGCGAUUCAAGGAUUUGGCGGACAAGGCGAACAUUCAGUAUACAACGUUUAUGAGAACAACUGAAACACGACACCAUAAAGCUGUAGCCAAAAUAUGGAACAUUUUGGAGGAGAAUGGAUAUAUUUACAAAGGAAAGCAUGAAGGCUGGUACUCCAUUUCAGACGAAGCGUUCUACACUAGUGGUCAAGUGCAGGAGGCAGUGGAUGAAAAAACUGGAAAAAAGGUCAUGAUUUCUGUAGAAACUGGGCAACCUGUGGAAUGGACAGUUGAGGAGAACUAUAAAUUUAAAUUAUCGGCAUGUCAAGACGACCUCAGAGCAUGGCUGUCAUCCAAUCCAACUGCUGUGGUUCCGCAAAAUCGUAUGAGGGAGGUUCAAUCCUGGAUAGAUAUGGGGUUAGCUGACUUAUCUAUCUCCCGGCCAAGAUCACGAUUGACUUGGGGUAUUCCAGUACCAAACGACCCUGAUCACACCAUAUAUGUAUGGCUAGAUGCUCUGGUGAAUUAUAUUACUGCAACUGGAUACCCAUGGACAGACAAUCAAGAAGGCAUCAAAAAUGGUUGGCCAGCAGAUGUACAUAUUGUCGGUAAAGACAUCGUUAGAUUCCAUGCUAUUUAUUGGCCUGCCUUCUUAAUGGCUGCAAAUUUACCCUUGCCAAAACAAAUCGUAGCCCAUGCGCACUGGACUAUGAACAAGCAAAAGAUGUCAAAAAGCCGAGGAAACGUUGUUGAACCGAUGGCUGCUAUGGAUUUUUUUGGUGUAGAUCCAGUGAGAUACUACCUUCUUAGAGAUGGUGGCCUUGCUGACGAUGGAGAUUAUUCACAUGAGGCUGUCAUGGUAAGAUACAAGAAAGAUCUUGCUGGACAGCUGGGUAAUCUGCUUGCUAGAUGCACUGCUCCAGCAUUAAUACCAAGUGGUAUUGUACCUGUCUAUGAUGAGGAUGCAGUGACCAAGGAUGACCUUGUCCUUCAGGAACAAUUGAAAGCAUUGCCUGACCUUUUCUGUCACCGAUUUGAAGAUCACGAGUAUGGGAAAGCGCUACAAGCUAUCUUUGAUGUUCUGUCCGAGGCCAACCGUCACUUUACCGAUAACCAGCCAUGGAAUCUAAUCAAGGACCCCGAGCAGCAAACUCGCUUAAACCAAGUAUUAUUCUACUCGGUGGAGUCCUGCAGAAUUGCUGGUAUUCUGUUACAAUGUGUGAUGCCGGAAAAAUCUGAUGGCAUUCUCAAGAGACUGGGAGUCGAUACGAAAGAGCGAACUUUGGCGCAGGCGCACUUUGGCGCUGGAUGGCCAACAAUGGAACAACAUAGACAACUUGGCAUAUCUCAUAGUCCUGUCAUUUUCCCUCGAAUUAAAUAGACAAAGAAACAUCAUCUCCGCUACUGACAGACAAAGAAAAAAAAAAUUUUUAACCAGCAACAAAAUCUCGCAUUUGUUAUGUUGUCUAAUGACCCAUUUCUUUGCGAUGCAGCUAAUUCCAACGUCAAGAUCUAUGAUCUGAUGUUUAAAGAUGCCAUGAAACAUAGAUCUUUGUAUUUAUAUUCAUUUGAUGUUAAGAUAUGCUGAAAUGUGCCUUCCAUGGUUUGCCUCGAAGAUCAAAACUGUAAAAACAGUUAUUGUCC